AGUUCAAUCCAUCUUCCCAUACAUAAUGCAAUGACCUCUCCUGAUUGCACGCCAACUUUAAGGCGUCAAUUGACAUGAAAAGUACUCGUCAGAGUCAUGAUGGGCAACAGAAGUGCUCGUCGUCGAAGCCUCAUUCACACGUGCUGGAGCAACCAGCCAUCGCUGCAUUGUGUCUGGCAACAAGGCGCAGCUCAUGUAUCAUGUGAGGAACAUCCUGAUCAAUAAUAGUUAUUUGUCGGCUAUGCACCAAGAAUUCAUUCCCUCCUACCAACAUGGCAACAUGUCGAUCAUAUCCUGGCUAGUGCCCAAGACGCACUCAAGGCAGAAUGCCCCUCGAGGAACGCUUGGUACUACGUAGAAUCACCUAACGUUAGACUGGCAAGGGUGCGUUUAGGCACUGCGACCAACAAGCUCGCAGACAAUAAAAACAAAAGCCAGCCCGCACUCUAAACUACCAACCAGCCGUUGUUUGUCCUGCUGCAAAAUUCAGUUGGACAUGUCCGAGCCCAGCGACCGUGUCGAGCUCACCAUCGGCGAACGCACCUUCAACACAACCAGGACCACCCUCCAGGAAUCGCGUCGCCUCAGCAAUCUGCUACGCCUCGCGGAAGGCCCCUACUACGUGGACGCAGACCCAUCGCUAUUCGAGCAUGUCCUCCGCUAUCUGAGGACGGGCCUGUACCCAAUCUCGCACGACGCACAAACCGGCCACGACGAGGUCUUCUACCACCACCUGCUCAGCCAAGCCCGCUUCUACCAGAUUGACAAGCUGGAGACCUGGCUCAGGGGGAAAGAGUAUCACAACGCAGUCCGUCAGAGAUCCUGCCACAUCUCCCUCACCCUGCACGGCCCAGACCAAAUCGAGCAUCUCCACGAGUUUGUGCCUGGCCGCAAUGGCAACGUCAGCAUUGUCAGGGGUGAGCACUCGCAAAAGGAAUGCCAUGUCUGCCCCAACAAACAGUGGCGCCACGACGGCAGGAAGACGGACUGCCUGAACUCGGGCUGUUUGACGGUGAAACAGGCCAGAUUCUCGCACUCCAGGAUGAUGGAAGUGGUCAAGGUGGAGUGCAUCGUGACGAGAGUCGAGGUGGACCAGAAGCGACUGAUGCGCAGCCAGCAGAAUGAGGUGCUGCCGCCACCAUAUCACGAGACGUCGUGAAUUGGAAUUUAGGUAUCUUCAUUUCUUGUACAUGCU